CCUCAGAAUCUUCUUGCGUAAAAUCCUUGCGACACUCGGCAGGUUCAAACAUGGCGGCGUCUAGGCUUGAAAUAAAUUUUAUUAGGUUAUUGUCGCGGUGCGAAUCAAUCGCUUCAGAAAAGCGAGGGGAAACGGAAUGGAGACUUGAGAAGUACGUUGGUGCGCUAGAAGAAAUGUUGGUGGCCUUGAGGAAAAGUCCAAGCAAACCAACUCCAGAGGUUUUAACAGAUUACACUCGAAAAGUGGAUUUCCUAAAGGGGCUGUUGGAAGCUGAAAAACUGUCCUCCACUGCCGAAAAGGCUUUGGCUAACCAGUUCCUGGCCCCAGGAAGGACCCCUACUAUUUCCAAUGAGAGAAUGCCUGCUAGCAAGACGGUUCAUAUGCAGACCAAGGCCCGAUGCGCAGGAGAAAUGCGCAGUGAGCUCAUGGGGAAGGGGUCCUCGGUCACAGAUUCACCUGAGUCAGACCUGCGACACAGAAGAGCAGUGCCUUUGGAUGAGAGACAGUCUGCCACUGAGCUGGACGCCAUCCUCCAGCACCACAACAACCUGCAGGAGAAACUGGCGGAGGACAUGCUUAAUCUGGCCCGCAACCUGAAGAACAACACAUUGGCACAGCAGAACAUCAUCAAACAAGACAAUCAGACCCUGAGCCACUCUAUGCGGCAGGCGGACGUCAACUUCGAGAAGCUGAAGACCGAGUCAGACCGCCUGGAGCAGCAUGCCAAGAAGUCGGUCAACUGGUUCCUGUGGCUCAUGCUCAUCCUCGUGUCUUUCACCUUCAUCAGCAUGAUCCUCUUCAUCCGAAUCUUCCCCAAGCUCAGAUGAUGACCUGUCUCCGCCCCGACGGCACUUAGCUAGAGUUAGAGUUUGGAUUUUCUUUUUUUUUCCGUUUACACACAAAGCAUGUGUGGACAUGCACUGCUAGAAAAAAAAAAAAAAAGAAGAGUCUGUCAUCGUAUUUAUUUCAACAGAGGAGAGGUGAAGCAGACGAGGCUAUUGUCUGGAUCUGAGAGGACAUGAACAUGGUCAGUACGAGAGCCUUAAUCGACACACAGGGGCUGCCCACUAGCAGUCUGCUGCUGUGAUGCACAGCUCUGCGCACCAGUUGGACUAAACUGCACUGUCAUCACAACACGUAAUCUCUUUCCUCUCUAUUACAUGCAUACAUGCUGCAGAUGCCAGUGCAUAGCACACAGGACGACUCCGAUCUGGUUACCAUAUCUGUCUCUCAUGGUCUCAUUUUCAGUUCUGUGUGAACCCUUGUCAUCCAUACAUAACUUGUCCGGUUUGUGUCAUUGAUGCAGUCAUGGGGUGUGGUAUUCCAGUCAUCUGUUUGUAUUUGUUAUCAUGUGUUGUUUUGUUCACGGCCUUAUCACGCAUGGAUGGUUAGUUGAGUGUUUCAGUAUGUUGGAGUACAUUUUACACGUGGGAUUUUCCUGUCUUGGCAUCCAAGGCUGCUCCUUCGGUUGCUAUUGUGGGUUGUGCAUUGCUGUCCCCCAAUGAUGUUUAACCAUCAGUGCCCCCUGGUGGAUGACUGGCAUUCCUGCAACUCUGAAGUGUUAAAGGAAAUGAAUAGUAUGUUAGACUGCAGAUAUCGCCCCCAAGUGUAACAGUGGCUUAAUAUGACUAAACUUGAAAAUACCAGGGGGGGGAGGGGUCCUCAUCUGUGUUUCCAAAUGGAUGUUCUGUCUUAAAUGGUCUCAAACAAAACUGACUGUUUUGGGAGCAGUCUGGCCUGUCCAAGCUUGUUGCUAAAAAUUUAGUUGGAUGAGUUGCUGUAGUUUGGAGGCAGGUCAUGUGUUUCUUCCAGCCAGGUAUGUCAAAGACCAAAGGGGGGGGGUUGAAGUAAUAGAACAGACUCAGACUAAAACAAACCUACCUGAAGCUUCCCUGUUUUUUUGACAUGCCAAGAGUACUUUUAAUCCUCGCCUAUCUAUAAACAUUUGUCAUUUUGGGAGUUUGUGGUGGAUUGUCUGUCAAACUGAAUUCCUCAUUCAGAGAUUCGCUAUAAAGAUCUGUGUAAUGGAAAAACCAAUCAUGUCAAUUAAGACCUUUUCCCUAGAAAAUACAUUUUUUCCCAAAUCCCAUACAGUUUCUGAGGAAUUUUGUUGAAGGCGAAAAAUGUCCACUCUCCAUGUAGAAUAAACUAUAUGAAGUGUUUUAUUUUAAUAAAAUAACUUGAACUGAA